GUGGUCCUUAGAGAGUCAGUUUGUAGGUCAGUGUGUCCGGGUAGGUCUAAGUGGUGAGGAAUGGAACAUUGUCGUGCACCUAACACCACGAUGGACGACUAUCCGAUGUAUGGGUUGCUGGUUGGGUUCUCCCUUUGGGGGACCCUUUGGCGUUUCAUGUUCCCGUUGGGGUUCUGGAACACUUUCGCGUGUAGGGUAGAGACGAAGGGUGGCACGACCACACACCCCUAUACGCCUGAAGAGGAGGCCAAGGCCGCCGCCAUCCUGAAAGAGAGAAGGGAGAAGAGGGAGGCCAAGGAGAUGGCCAGAGAAAAGGAGAGAAUAAAGAAAGAAGAGCCGAAGUUGAAGGAGGUGGAAGAGGAAGAGGAAGAAGAUGAAACGCCACUGCAAAGGAAGAGAGGGCAGUACAGUGGCAGUAGAGAUGUGGAGAUGGAAAAAUCGAUUUCGGAAUGGGUCACCAACUUAUCCCUGGGCGAAGAAGAAGAGGUGGCGAUGUGUAUCUCCAAGGAUGACCAGGAAGCCGCCAUGAGAGCCUGGGAAGCAGAAAAAAGAUGUCGUAAAGCGGCAGGCGUUGGAAGACGAAAAGAGGAUGGAGUGGAAAUUGGCCGUGAUGAGGGAGAAGAAGAGGAGAGUAGACGCUGCAGCGGAGGCGGCAGAAGAAUUGGAGGAGGUACAAAAGAUAGAAGAGCAGUUAGCCGCCCAGACCGAACUCCCAAACCAAAUGCUAGUCAUAGACCAAACGUUGCAUGCCUGGCACGAAUGCAGGCGGAGCAAUAUGACUUUAGUAGGAGUCAACACAUAGCGGUGCGUUCAAUAAAGUUGGGAUUCCGGGACUUUGCUCGCGAGUUGGUGGGUCAUCGCCUCGAGAAGACUGAGCGGUUUUGUGCCGGCGCCAUUGAAGGAGUCAAAGCGGCCGCUCCCAAGGAGGAGGAAGCACGUCCUCCUCGUCGGGAGCCGGUCAAAGUCAAAUUCCCUGAUUCCUACAGUGGAAAACGGAAAGAGAACUUUGACAAUUGUGAGGCCAAUGUCAAGACCUAUGUGCAUCUGCAACAGGUCUCCCUAGUGUUAAGGCCUCAGACAGACAAGCUCCAGACGAUCCAUGCCCGUAAGUGGAAGAGUGUCAGGGCACUCAAGAGCACAAUGGACGAAUUGGUUGCUGUCCCUGACCAUGGGGUUACAGACACCCAGUUGGUCGCCCUCUUCUAUAGAGCGAUGCCCGAAGCUUUUAGCGGGCACUUCUUCGCGAAGAGCGAAGACCCUGCCACCACUUACGAUUCCCUUAGCCGUGAAGUGGUGGCCUUUGAGGCAAAAUCUGUGUCAGUCUCCACCUUCUGGCACAAAGAUUUGGAUAAGGGAAAGCAAUGGAAGGGCCGCACUAUCUCUGGGCAGGUGAAGACUAAAGAUAGCCUUGUCCUAACUUUAGAUGAGGGUAGUGUGGAUGAGAUCCCCUACGAUCAGAUUGAGUGGGGGUUAGAGGAGGAGGACAGCGGUGUGGGCCAAGGGAGGACUUACGCUGCUGUCGCAGCUGGAGGGAGGCCGCAAGGAGGACGAGGCCAGGGCCAAGGGGGCCGGGCCUCAGGGAGCCGGUUUCAGGGCGAUCAGGGUGUUGGCGGCAGAGGAGGAAACCGCCAAGCGGGAGGCAGGGGUCAAGGUCCCCCGCAAAACCGUCCUAGGAAUAGGUCUCCCUAUAGGGUAGGAGGAUGGCACCCAGGGCUACCGCAGGGUCGGUGUCUAGAUGGCUGUCCAGAGACUGCUUGUGUUAGAGUCUCUCUAGACACCUCCCUCACAGGCGUGGGCGAAGAGUUGAAGGAGAGGAUGCCCGCCUGGACCAAGAUGAGAAAGGAGAAUAAGGGACAGCUUAUAUUAGUAGAUACAAAGAUUUUUAGAGGCAGAGUAGGGGCCCUAGUAGACUCAGGGACCACCCGCAGCUAUAUUAGCAAGAAAGCGCUGCAGAAGUUGAAGCUGGGACUUGAAGUCCAAAAGCUAGCAGACCCUAUAGUUAGUAUCCUCGCAGACAAUCGUACUAUGGUUGUAGAGGAGUAUGUAGAGGGAGUCCAGGCGUAUUUUCACCUAGAGAAGGAUAAGAAAGUGGAGAAGGUUUUCCACUCCCUGACUCUCCUCGUAGAAGACAGCCUCCCAUUUGAUGUUGUCGUGGGAAUGGAUUGGGGAGAGGCAGUCGGGGCCACGCUCCAUUUGAAGGAGCAUGAGUGUAGGAUCCCUAGCUCUUCAGGCGAGGCUAAGACUGCCCGCUUGUUCCAUGUGUCAGGAGUAGAGAAUCCCUUGGCACAUUGCUGCCUUAGUGCGCCUGCAUUCGCUAGAUUAGUGAAGAAGGAGAAAUUGGAGGAACAGGUCUUUGUUGCCUAUGUUAGGCCAGUGACUGAGCCUACCGAAGAAAAGCCGACGGACCCUGCAAUUGCCAACCUGCUGGAAGAGUUCAAGGAUCUAACUGAGUCGCCGACAGGAGUAGUACCGCGGCCCAUCCAGCACCGCAUUGAGAUAGAGCUUCGCAGUAGAACUCCUAAGGGCGCUUUGUACAGGAUGUCCCCACGGGAGUUAGAGGAGCUUCGCAAGCAAUUAGACGAGCUCCUCGAGAAGGGUUGGAUUAGGCCCAGUUCGUCUCCUUUUGGAGCGCCUGUUCUCUUUGUUCCUAAGAAAGAGGGAGAGCUGAGAAUGUGCAUAGACUAUAGGGGUCUGAAUGCUAUUAUAGUGAAGAAUGCUGAGCCACUGCCUAGGAUAGACGAUCUCUUAGAUCGAGUGCAAGGGGCCAAGUAUUUCUCAAAGAUAGACUUAAAGUCCGGAUAUCAUCAGAUGGAGGUACAUCCUGAUGAUCAGCACAAGACAGCCUUCCGGACUAGGUACGGGCAUUAUGAGUUUAUAGUGAUGCCCUUUGGACUAACCAAUGCGCCAACAACUUUUCAGCGGUGUAUGAAUGAUUUGUUUAGGCCAUGGUUAGACAGGUUCGUCGUAGUUUACUUGGAUGACAUUUUAGUGUUUAGUAAGACCCUCGACGAGCAUCAGGGUCAUUUCAGGCAGGUCUUGGAGAAGCUGAGGGAAGCUAACUUCAAGAAGUGCGAUUGGGCAAAGACCCAAGUUUUGUACCUAGGCCACGUCUUAGACGGAGACGGCGUCAAGCCGGAAGAUAGUAAGAUUGCAGCGAUUAGAGAUUGGCCAACACCGCGGGCGUUCACAGAACUGAGGUCGUUCUUAGGCCUAGCGAACUACUAUAGGAAGUUCGUGAGGAACUUCUCCACCAUCGCUGCGCCCCUUCGCAGAUUGCUCAGAAAGGAGACCAUCUGGAAGUGGGAUAAGGACUGCAAGUCUGCUAUGAAGAAGUUAAAACAGGCGUUGAUAGAGUAUCCAGUCCUUAAGGUCGCCGAUCCGUCCUUGCCCUUUGUCGUCACUACGGACGCUAGCCAGUAYGGCAUAGGUGUCGUGUUACAGCAAGACGAUGGCAAUGGUUAUAGACCCGUAGAGUUCAUGUCCGCCAGAAUGCCUUCAGAGAAGGUUGCGACAUUUACCUAUGAGAGGGAACUCUACGCUCUCAGGCAAGCCUUAGAACACUGGAAGCACUACUUGCUUGGGAGGCACUUCAAAGUCUACUCAGACCAUGAGACGUUAAGAUGGUUAAAGACGCAGGUCAAGAUGACACCUAAGCUUACUAGGUGGGCCGCGGAGAUAGAUCAGUACGACUUUGAGCUCAAGCCAGUCAAAGGGAAAUAUAACGUAGUCGCGGAUGCUCUGAGUAGAAGAGCUGAUUACUUUGGGACAAUAGUACACUACCUCGAUACAGGGAAGGAUCUGCAGCAGAAGGUUAGAGAAGCCUAGGCGCAGGACCCUAUCUACAGUGACCUCCUUAAGAAAGUCAAAGAGGCCCCAGAGACUGAACCGAACUACCGCACUACCGAAG